AUGAAGUUCUAUCGUUUACGAUGGGUUUUAAAUAAGUUUCUCUUAAAUACAAAAUUGCAAAAGAUGAGACUUUUUAUGAAAACUCAAAAAAUACCACAUCACAUACUAAGCAAAUACACCAAUUGCGGGACGCUUCAAUAUUUCAAAAACGUUUUCGAUUUUACUGCAACAAAGGGUUCUUGUGAAUAUCUGAUAGAUUGA